AAGGCUUUUGAAAAUUGAAAUCCAUACAUUUUGACUCAACCCAACGCCAGCGGAUUCCCGACAGCUACCACUCAAUCCAUACAUUUUGUGAUUGCCUUAAGCACAUUGCUUUCGUUUUGCCAUUCCAGUCGAAGUACCAAUACUAACCCUCUACCUCUAGACUCUAGUGUACUAAAAAAACACAACAUGCACAUCCAAGGGUAUUCUUGGCAUUUCGCGAUCGUUUAUCCAUCCACCCGCCGAACAAACCAAGCCAGAAAGCCCCCAGAAGAUUCCACCUACCCGUCUCUUCCCUCCACUCCACUGUUAACUCGAUUUCUGAACUGAGUAGUCAAUUUAAGAAGAAGUAGAAGACUGUAAUUUCCUCCAACGAGUAUGGGUAAAAUGGUAAAAUGGAGCUGGAGCUCAGCUCUGGUGGGAGCGGCGUCGGGUGUGGCAGCGACGGCUCUGAUCUCGGCGAAGCCCAAGGACCCAACCUUCCAUUUGAUAUCAAUCAACCUCACAACCUUCAAGCUCAACCUCCCAGUCCUCGACGCCGAGCUCCUCCUCACCGUCCACGUCUCCAACCCCAACAUCGUGCCGAUCCACUACUCCUCCACCACCAUGUCCAUCUUCUACGAGGGCUCCUUGCUGGGCUCCGCCCAGGUGCAAGCGGGCUCCCAGGGGCCGCACUCCUGCCAGUUGCUCCGCCUUCCGGCUCGGCUCGACGGGCUCGAGCUGGCUCACCACGCGCCGCGCUUCAUCGCCGACGUAGCCAGGCGCGAGAUGGUGCUUGACGCCGUCGUGGACAUCGCUGGUACGGCCAAGGUGUUGUGGUGGGACCACAAGUUCAAGGUCCGCGUGGAGAGUCGCGUGACCGUUGAUCCGGUUUUCUUUGAAGUGAUUGAUCAGGAUAAUAAGUCUGAGAUGGAGGUUUUUCCUGCUUGAAGUUUAUGUUUCUUUUUUUUUUUUAAGUGAAGUGUAUGUUGUUUAGCAGAAGAUGUAAUUGAUUUGAUUGGUUAUGAAAUCAGUUUUUGGGCUUUCACAAAUGAUA